ACCUGUGCGACUUUUAUUUUGAAGUCUAUCCCCGGAAGUUGCGUGUUUUAACGCGUGCGGUGUUGACUAUCAGGAGUAAAGCAUCAUCGGAGCCCCUCUGCAUCUGGACCGACAUAUCUGGACCGGAACCGGCCCCGGACCAGUUCAGCUCCUGGAGGUGGGGGCGGGGGCGCGCAGGUGAGGCGUCACGUGGCCAGACCUCCGGCGCUUCACGCGGCGCGCGCAGGUGUGUCUCAGCAUCCCCGUCGAGGCGCGUGCGGGGCUCCUGGGGGCCAGCAUGGCGGAGGAGACCCGGGUCAUCUACCACCUGGAGGACCAGGAGACCCCCUACCUGAUCCGGAUCGGCGUGCCCGCGCAGCGCGUCACCCUGGCCGACUUCAAGCAGGUGCUGAACAAACCUCACGCCAAAUUCUUCUUCAAGUCCGUGGAUGAUGACUUCGGGGUGGUGAAAGAAGAGAUCAGUGAUGAUGACGCUCGGCUGCCUUGUGUCAAUGGACGGGUCGUCUGUUGGGUGGUGUCUUCAGACGCCUGUCCUCCGGACUUCAGGGGGUCGGACACUCCCUCUGUGGCCACGCCCUCCAGCUUGGCUCCGCCCCCCAUCGAGAGGACCAGCGGCAUCGGCGACUCCAGACCGCCGUCCUUCCACGCUGCAGCCGUCUGCCACGAUGACCUGCAGGGGUCAGAGGUCAAAUCGCCAGCUCCGUCUUCAGAGAAGCUGCGGCGGAGAGAUGGAGGCCACCUGAACGGACACGCCCACCAGGCGGCCGACCAGAAGGGGGCGGGGCCAGCCGGCGGCGACAGCUCGUCCAAUCAGCAGAGCAGCGAGUUAGAGACGACCAGCUUCUGCUCGUCUGAGGAGGACUCUGGAGGAAGGUUCAGCCAAUCAACAGGCCAGAGCAGCUCCUCUCCAAGACUCAUCAGGCGUCAGCGGCGCCGCCACCGAAAACCAAAAACUCCACGGAUGGAAAAGUCGGCGUCUUUCAGCAGCGUCACUGACUCCACCAUGUCGCUCAACAUCAUCACAGUAACCCUCAACAUGGAGAGAUACAACUUCCUGGGCAUCAGCAUCGUCGGCCAGAGUAACGACAGAGGAGACGGAGGGAUUUACAUCGGCUCCAUCAUGAAGGGAGGAGCGGUUGCAGCAGACGGACGCAUCGAGCCCGGAGACAUGCUGCUGCAGGUGAAUGACAUCAACUUUGAGAACAUGAGUAAUGACGACGCAGUCCGGGUUCUGAGAGAGAUCGUCCACCAGCCGGGUUCGGUGACAUUAACAGUGGCAAAGUGUUGGGAUCCAAACCCCCGGAGUUGCUUCACGCUGCCCAGAAGUGAGUCAGGCAGGAUGUGUUGGUUUGGUUCGAUACUGUGGACUGUAACCCAACUCAUCAAACGGUCUGUCCUGUCAAACCGUGCAGGUGAACCGGUCCGGCCCAUCGACCCGGCAGCCUGGGUGUCCCACACGGCCGCCAUGACCGGGAAACUCCCCCCUCACUACAGCGUGCAUGAAGAAAACCAUCUCAACAUCCACAGUGACAUGACGGUGGUGGUCAAGGCGAUGGCCAAUCCGGAGUCAGGGCUGGAGGUUCGAGACAGGAUGUGGCUGAAGAUCACCAUCCCCAACGCUUUCAUUGGUUCGGACGUGGUGGACUGGCUCCACCGUAACAUAGAAGGUUUUACCGACCGGCGCGAAGCUCGUAAAUACGCCGGAAACCUGCUGAAAGCCGGAUUCAUCCGACACACCGUCAACAAGGUCACCUUCUCGGAGCAGUGCUACUACGUGUUCGGAGACCUGUGUGGAGAUCUGGCUGCCAUGUCUCUGCUCGACCACGAAGACGGAUCCUCCCGAGAAGUCGGAGGAACUGACUGCGACCCCCCAGCCUUCCCCUACCAGUACCCCGUCCCUCACCCCUACAGCUCGCCCCACCCGCUGCACCAGCUGCCGGCCUGCGGGGCAGCAGGGGGCAGGAGUCAUCGCAGCGAAGGGAGUCGCAGUAGCCAGUCGGACUUCAGCGACGAUCCGGAGGGAAAAGGAGGAACGCAGCAGGAAUCAGCCAACCAAGAAGAGAACGCUCUGCACAAGAUGGCCGACAUUCUGAGUGAUGGCAGCGCUCAGGGACCGCCCACCUCCUUCUCCGGUUCCCAUGGUGAUAAGGACAUCCCGACGCCAUCUCGAGGUCAGCGCCGCGACUUUUCAUCGAUCCAACCGGAAAUCUCUCGACAGUCCUUCCGCCUGGCCAUGGGAAACCCCAGCGACCUCUUUGUAGACGUCAUGUGACCCGGUGACGAUGAUGUCAUAUCCUGGCAGGUGACCUGGAGACCUUUUCAACUGAAGCUGAAACAAACAAUUCAGUCACUGUGAAGACCUGGACCUGACGAAGGCCUGGUUCUGACCAGAACGAGACCAGGUUCUGAUGAAACCUGAAACUGGACAGAACCGUCCUGAACCCGACCGAGAACAAAACCAAUUUUACCUGGACCGGACCUGGACCUGAACCUGACUCAGAUCUGGACCUGAACCUGACUCAGAUCUGGACCUGAACCUGACUCAGACCUGAACCUGACUCGGAUCUGGACCUGGACCGGACCUGGACUCUCUGAACUAACCAAAUCAAAGCAUGUGCUGCUUUUCUCUCUCAAGGAGGUUCUGAGUCUCUGAUGGUUGUAAAUUAUUCCUGACGUUCCUGUUUGUAAAUCGAAAGCCGUCACGCUGCCUGUUACUGAGCUGAUUAUUGUUUCUAUUGAUUAUUUAUUUAUUUAUGAACAUUUACUGCAGAAACCAUCGCUGGAUUAUUCGAGUCCUUGUUCUCGUCUCCUCAUGACUAAAAACGUCCAUGUUUGUCUGACUGCAGAACAGAGAAGCAGAGCUGUAGCUUUUCCUCUACAUUCCCAAACCGGUGAAACGGGUCAGUGAAAAUGAUUCACAUAAAGGUUAAAUAUGGUACCAAAUCACAGACUGAAGGCUCUUAGACAUUUGGCUUUUGUGAAGAACAAAGACUGUGAUCUGUUUAGUGAAAGCAGUUGUAUAAAAUGUGUUCACUGUGUUAUAUGUACACAACCAGAUAGUAAAACCUUAAAUGAUGAAUUAGAUUUGGAAUAAAGUUCACA